AUGGUGAUUUGGGAAGGAAUGCAAAUGAGAAGAGAGAGUUAUGGAGUUUUGGUGUUUCUGCUAUGUGCUUUGGUCAUUGGGGCCUCUGAGGGAGUCAGGAGGACCAAAGAGACCUUCUUUGGAGGUGAUUGGGUUUCCCAUGAGGAGGAGAUCAUAGAUGAAGAUAUGGCAGAGCAGGUAUGGUACCAUUGCAGGAGAGAAUUGAUUGGUGGAAUAGAUGGGGUGGAAGAUCUUGAUUUGUAUAUUCCACAUGAAGCAGCCAGUGAGUCGGAAACAAUGUUUUUUUCAAAGAGCAGCAUACAUAAUGCGAUUUUAGUUCUUCCUCCUCAUGUUAAACAAACACUUGUUGCUUGCUUAAGAAAGAAAGGUAUUGUGUUUCAUACUUCAGAUAAAAGGGAUAGUACCAACAACUGGUUGAUCAACUGCUUUGAGUGGCUUCUAGGUACUGAAAUCACUCCUAGAAGAUAUUUGACUAGUGCUUCCCCGGAGUUAAAAGCACCAUCCCCUGCUCCAUCCCUAGCACCACACAGUGCUCCAUCUCUAGCUCCAAGCCCUGAUUCAGAUUUAGCUCUAGAUAAAGGAUCUUCUUUGUCUAGUAGUCGAUCACCUUCUCGUACAAUUAUAGCUCCAAACCGUAAAGAAGAGUCAUCUAACAAAAAAAAGGCACCUACACCAGCACCUACACGUUCACCUCCUAAAUCAAGUGGAAGGGGAAGUCCACCUCCCAGAUCAAGUGGGAAAGGAGGUGUGGACAAACCAGCCAAAAUAAAUAGUUCACCAUCAAAGAAUGAGGGCAUGAGUAUCAUCAAAAUCGUUUCUAUUUCAGUGGCUUCAGCAGUAAUACUUUUGGUUGUUGUACUGCCAAUCUGCUGCUGUUGUAUAAAGAGAAGGAGGAAACCAGUUGGUCCGGCACAUGUACGACUAAAGGAUGAUAGACCUCUUCUCUAUAUAUCUUCUGCUGGUUCUUCACAAGUGUCCAACAGUGUAGGUUCAAGUAGAGAGUUUAGCGCUAGUGGAAAGUCAGGAAAUUUGCCUAAGAAAAAUGAAAAUGGGAAUGAAUCUGUUGAGACAAAGUCAGAAGCUACAGCAGGACCAGCAAACCCUUCAUUACCACCUCCUCCUGGAAAAGCAGCUCCUCUGCCUCCUGGACCACCACCUCCUCCUCCUCUUCGUCCUCGCCCGCCCCCACCUCCCAAAGCCGCCCCUAAACCAAUGCCUGGUAAGGCUCAAAUUCCACCUCUAGGACAUCGGAAAGCAAAUGAUGAAGAAGCUGGUGAUGUUGGAAGUGAUUCCGGAAAGACCAAGUUAAAACCGUUCUUCUGGGAUAAGGUUAAUGCUAACCCUGAUCAAUCGAUGGUUUGGCAUGAGCUUAAAGCAGGAUCAUUCCAGUUCAAUGAAGAAAAGAUAGAGUCUUUGUUUGGUUAUAAUGCCAAUCAAAGUGAACGUAGAAAGGAUUCACCAUCCAUGGAGCCUGCAAUCCAGUAUAUCCAGAUUAUUGAUAGAAAGAAAGCACAAAAUCUAUCGAUUCUUCUGCGAGCAUUGAAUGUGACAACAGAAGAAGUUGCUGAGGCCCUCCGAGAAGGUACUGAGCUUCCUGUAGAGCUACUCCAAACUCUGUUGAAGAUGGCACCCACUUCAGAAGAGGAACUGAAGCUUAGGUUAUACACAGGUGAUCUUGCUCUACUAGGCCCUGCAGAGCGGUUCCUAAAAGUCAUGGUCGACAUACCAUUUGCUUUUAAGCGUAUGGAGGCACUGCUCUUCAUGUGUUCCUUCACAGAGGAGGUCACUAACAUUGAAGAAUCCUUUGAAACUUUAGAGGUUGCUUGCAAUAAACUUAGGAAGAGUAGGCUAUUCCUAAAACUUUUGGAAGCCGUAUUAAAAACUGGUAACCGGAUGAAUGAUGGUACCUACCGUGGUGGUGCACAAGCAUUUAGGCUUGAUACCCUCUUGAAACUGGCUGAUGUAAAAGGAACUGAUGGCAAGACCACCCUCUUGCAUUUUGUCGUUCAGGAGAUCAUCCGUUACGAGGGAAAGAAAGCUGCUCGUAAUGCUAGAGAAUCAGACCACAGCAUGUCCAGUAUGAGCACACAAGAGUUUGUUAUAGAAGUUGGUGAGGAAUCAGCCGAGCAUUAUCGUAACCUGGGUCUUCAGGCUGUCUCAGGUUUAAGCGAUGAGCUUCAAGAUGUUAAAAAGGCAGCUGUUGUGGAUGCUGAUAACUUAACUGCUACAGCUGCAAGUCUAGGAACAAAUCUAAUAAAAGCUAAAAACUUUGUGAACAACGACUUGAAGGAUAAUUUUGAUGAAGACAGUGAGUUCCAUCGUGCACUUGCCAGUUUUCUGGAGCGUGCAGAAGGAGAAGUUACAUGUCUUCUGGAGGAAGAAAAGAGAAUAACGACUCUUGUGAAGAACACAGCAGAUUACUUUCAUGGGAAUGCAAUGAAGGAUGAAGGUAUUCGUUUGUUUACCAUUGUACGCGAUUUCUUGGUAAUUUUGAACAGGGUAUGUGCUGAGAUCAGAGUGCAAGAAACGAAUCAAAAGAAGACCAAUUCCAGGAAAGUGGCUCUCUCAGAAGCAAGUGCUAAGAAAGCUCUCGCAGAAGCAAGUUCCAAGAAAGAGGCUCCCACGGAAGCAAGUUCAGAAAACCAGUCGACAGUGCAAACGGAAGAAGCAAGUCUAGAGAAGAAGGAAGAGGCUCCCACAGAACCAAAUUUAGAAAAGAAAGACAAGGUUCCCACAGAAGCUAGUUCAGAAAAGCAAGGGAAGGCUCCCACAAGAGCUAGUUCAGAGAAAAAGGACAAGGCUUCCACUGAAGCAAGUUUAGAGAAGAAAGAAAAGGCUCCCACAGAAGCAAGUUCAGAAAAGAAAGACAAGGCUCCCACAGAAGAAAGUUCAGAUAAACAAUCAGAAAUUCGAAAGCCAUCUUUUGAUUAUAGUCAGCGACUCUUUCCAGCAAUUGCAGAACUGCGAAUAGAGGAUGAUUUCAGUUCAGAUGAUGAGACUUGA